CAGUUAAAUAACAAUCAUUUGUCGUUUAGUUCGUAGUUCACAGUAGUUCAUUGCCGCUUUCUUACUACUACAAAUGUUAUUAACUUAUAUGGGAAAUUAAUUUAAUUUGUUUUUCGGUACUUGAUAAUUCUUUUGUCAAUGAAAAAAUGAUCGUUUGGGAAAGAUUUCGUAAUCAUUGUGCAUGGAAUGGUGGUGCUAAACAAAUUUCCGUCGAUGCAGUAAUUCCGAUUUUUAUGAUACCAAUUUUAACGGUUAUUGCCGCACAAUCACUCUUAUGUACCGCUGCAAUAUUCCUAAUAACACCACCGCUUAUUUAUUAUCUUCAUCAUAAUUUUUUACGAUUUAUAUUGAGAACAAAAUUUUUUUUUAUGUGGACAGUGACGAGUGUGCUUAUGAUGAUGCUUGUCUUUGAGUGGAGUGUUGUGCCAUUGCUUGAAAUUUUACCAGAGGAAAAUUUAGUUUUUAUUGUUUGCGUUUUUAGUGGUUUAGCUUGUGGAUAUAAAACACGAACAUUAGCUGAUCAAUUCAUUCAGGAUGGAAAUUAUAUUCAGGGUUUGGAACUUGGUGAAGGAAGCGGUGAAUUAUGCCCCAGUUGCAGGCGACGCACGCCACCAAAAGCAUUUCAUUGCCGUGUUUGUCAAACGUGCAUUCUCGGAAGAGAAUAUCAUUGCAAAUGGUUGGAUUGCUGCAUAGGUGUCAGUAAUUUACGAUGGUAUCUGGCUUGUCUAUUUUUUUCUGCGAUUGCUUUUAUAUAUGGUUCAAAUUUGACGAUGACCACUGUUUGUCAUCCGUUUAUUUUGAUCGGAACUGUUUUACUACCAGAUGAUUGCAGUGAUGUCUAUCAAGAAAUAGACAUAGCAGUUUGUUUUAUUUCGUCGAUUUACAGUUUACUUGUCGGUCUAGUCAUUACAUGUUAUUUAUUUUAUCACCUUUGGCUCAUAUAUCUCGGAACAACGUCAAAUGAGAGGCGCAACCUAGGAAUGGAGAGUCGUUGCGACGAUGGAAUGCUAAAGAGUGUGUCCCGACUCUUUUGCUGUAAAAUAUAACUAGGUAUUUUAUUCUUUGUUUAAAAAUUCAACAUUUUUUAAAAAAAUGUAACAUCAAAUUUUUUAGUGUUUUAAUAUGCAAUUAGAUACUUAGAUGAAGAAUUCAUUUUGUUUCAUUAAUUUGAAGCUGCGUAGAAAAAAUUCGAUUUCGUCCUUUUUUUUGAGAUGAAAUCUAAUUUUAUAUAGACCAAAACUGUGUGUGAAAUAAAGAGAGA